AUGGGGUCUGUGGAGCAAUUAUUGUUCAACCAUAACAAUACUAUAGUCUCUGUGGCAAGCGCCAUAACGGCAGUGGUACUGCUAUUAACAUGGCAUCGACGCCGCAGCCAACAGCAGCAAUUGCAGCAACAAAAUGCAUCCAUAUCCGGGGCACAGGAAAAGCCCAAAACAUUUCCAAAAAUUGAACCGCAUCCAGAAUUUGACUGGCAGGCCACACCGCCAGUCAAAUUCCGUCCGUUUAAGCCAAAAUACCAUCUCAGCAUGUCAAUAUCCCGUCUAAACCCCUCCGAGCUGGUCCAAAUGGACUCGACAUAUCUCUCAAGGCUAGAAUUUCGACGAUCCGUCAUGGCCGCUUCAUCCUCUGCACCGCACGUGCUAGGUGUUGUCGAGGAUCCAAGCAUGAGCGCCGGUGCUAAACUCGCUGUCCAAGAACUAUACACUUGGAUCUUCAAAGACUAUCUCCCCACACGUUUCCCCUUUAUUUAUAAACUCAUCGACAAGUCUUCGAAAGACGAAAAGCCCACUGUACCGUCUCAAGGAGGAAGUGGCUCAAGUUUAUACACACUGAAUCAAGCCACAAACGACCUCGUCCCUGUGACUCCGCCAGAAGAUACAAAGGAAGCACUACAAAUCCUCGGAGCACACGUCGACCAAGACUUUCUGUUCCUGCUCCCGGCUCCCGACGGCGACGGAUACGCCCUUUAUGCGUUCGUCACGUGUUGUCCGAAUGGAUUCGACUCUGCUGAAAAACUGGGCAAGAAGCUCCGCGACAUUCACACUCCGGUGCCGGGAUACAAGGAGAAAUUGGAAAAGAGCAUGGAUCGGUUUUUCGCAAAGAUUGAAGUCGGAGAGUAUGUGCAGCGGGUUAAUUGGUCAUUCACAACGACCGACAAACUCUACACGCCGGGCGGGAACCACCUAUACGAAGGCGAAGAGGUAUCCGACGCCGAAAAGGACGCGAUUGACAUUUCCAAGGUGCAUCUGCGAUGCGAGCGCCAAGUGCUACAUCGGCUGCCCAGUUCGCGGGCCGUCGUUUUCUCUUUCAAGACGUACAUGUACUCCCUCCCCGAACUCAAAGCCGAGGGACCUAGCGCGGCUCAGGAAAUUGCAGAUGGCAUUGACGGCUUGAAGCUGGGCAAUGUGCCGGAUAUGCAUUUCUAUAAACGUGCCGUUGUGUGGGGAGAUGCCGUCAAGGCGUAUUUGCUUUCUUGA